AUGUCUCGCCUUUUUAAAUUCAUUCAUUCUCCACCCUUUCCAAAUACUGGAUCUGUUGCACGGGAUCAUCUCGUCAAUGAACGUAUAUUUCUCAGCUGGACACGUACUGGACUAGGGUUCGUAGCCCUGGGAGUAGCUCUCGCAAAACUUGAUGCUCUGGAGGCCUUAUCUCCGGCUAUGAAACAUGACCAUGGAGAUCUCAAGAUCCCUUCAGCUGCACUCGUGGGUUCUGGGACUGGGUGUCUCAGCUACGGAACUUUGAGAUAUUUUGUUACAUUGAAUCUUUUGAAGAAGAAUCUGUUCAGACCAAAUCUGAUAGGGGUUGGACUCGUUGCUGCGACCUCGGCGGCCGUGGCCGGAGGGGGGAUCUUGAUGGUUAUCGAGCAGGAGGAGAUGAUUGUUGGGAAAUGA